AUGAAGAAGAGAAAUAAUGAUAAUUCUAGAGGUUUCGAAUGCCAUGAAAAGAAUUCUUUGGCCCGGAAUCUAUUUGAACAGAAUGUAUUUUUGGCGCCAUCGCUACAGCGGAAUAGGUCAGAGUAUUUCCUGAACCAGAUUGUCAUUUUAGCUGAUUUGUCAUGCCCGGGAGUGGACUCAUUUUUGAUACAGGCAAGUGAGCAAGGAUACUUCAAGUCUCCAUAUCGCUGGUUGAUCCUGGACGUUGAUAUAGGCGCAUACAAGUUCAACCUGUUCAACAAGCUGGAUAUGCCGCUCAAUAGUAAUGUCGUCUUUGCGAAGAGGAUUGGGCCCGACCACUUCCAUUUUAUAGAAGCUUAUAAAAUAGCUGAAGGCUCAGAAGUUAUUUACUCAACAAGAGGCGCUUGGCGGGCAGCCAACGUGGAAACUAAAAAGUUAUCUAAUUCUAAUGGCACUCUCGGAGAAAGAAACGCGAAUAAUAAUCCGAGUGGCACUGAGGAUGGCGAAAAUAGACGCGUCAAGUCAACUAAAUAUGGCACUGUCGAGGACUACAGGGCAGUUAAAAUAAUGUCUCUAAGGAGGAUGGACUUGCGGCAACACCCUCUUACUAUGGUGAUGGUGAUAACCGAUAGCAACGAGACUAGGUUGCAUUUGGAUGACAGGCUAAAUCUCAACCAAGACUCCAUUUCCAAGAUGUCAUACAUGGUGGUGAAGGUAUGUUUCGACAUGCUUAAUGCCAGCGAGAGACGACUGUUCACCCACACCUGGGGCUACAAAGACAAGAACGGCAAUUGGCAGGGCAUGAUUGACCACCUGAUAAAGAAGGAAGGAGAUCUUGGUACCAUAGCGAUCUUCACCGAGGACCGUAUGAAGGCGGUGGACUACAUAUCCAUGAUAGGCUCGACUUCCGUGAGGUUCGCGUUCCGGGAACCGCCUCUGGCGUUGAUGGAGAACAUCUUCGCACUGCCCUUCACCGAAGCAGUGUGGCUCGCCAUAUUUAUCUGCGUGCUGGGCUGUGCUGUGUUCCUCUUCAUCACCUCCAAGUGGGAGUCAAGCGUCAGCAUGCAAUGCCGAUGAUUUCAGCAUCCAAUGCAGCUGAACGGCACGUGGGCGGAUGUGCUCAUCCUGAUCAUUGGAGCGGUGCUGCAACAAGGAUGCACGCUGGAGCCAAGAUACGCUGCAGGCAGAUGCGUCACAUUGUUGCUGUUCGUGGCCCUCACCAUCCUGUACGCAGCCUACUCCGCCAACAUCGUGGUAUUACUGCGAGCGCCCAGCUCCUCUGUGAAGACUCUGCCCGACCUCCUUAACUCGCCCGUCAAGCUUGGCGCGAGUGACUUCGAAUACAAUCGAUAUUUCUUCAGCAAAGUUAACGAUCCCAUCAGAACUGCGAUUUACAACAAGAAAAUCGCACCGAAAGGAAAGAAGCCAAACUUUUACAGCAUGAAAGAGGGCAUCGAGAAAAUAAGAAAGGGUCUCUUCGCUUUUCACAUGGAGCUGAAUCCUGGCUACAGGUUGAUCCAGGAGACGUUCCUCGAAGAAGAGAAAUGUGACCUGGUCGAGAUGGAUUACUUGAACGAAAUAGACCCCUGGCUUCCGGGACAGAAACGCUCUCCGUACAAGGAUUUGUUCAAAAUUAGUUUCACCAAAAUCCGCGAGACCGGAGUCCAGGCAAACAUCUUCCAUCGUCUCCAGGUCAGCAAACCACACUGCUCGGGCAGCAUCUCAACCUUCAGCAGCGUUGGCAUCACUGAUAUGUACUCGGCCCUCAUGGCGACUCUCUACGGGGUGUUCAUCUCCAUCGGCGUUCUUAUACUUGAGAUCAUGUAUAAGAGACUUUACAGUAAGCAUUGCGAAACGUUAAAACUGACAAAAGAAAUGAGUAAUGUAUUAAAUACAAGAACAUCAAUAGAUGUUGAAGAAAAACAUCAUUACCAACAUCACACAAUGUUAUUUCUGGUAGAUUUAGAUUGUACAGAAUCAGAGGCUUAUUUUCAAGAUUCAAAACUUCUACGGUCUCCGUAUCGUUGGUUAGUUCUUUGCGAUGAUCAAAAUAAAAAUCUUAGCCAGUCUCAAAUUCUGCAAAUAUUAGAACUUCCGUUAUUAGCAGACAGUGAUUUUGUAUUAGCAAAACGGAACGAAGACAGUUUUACUCUAACUGAACUACAUAAACCAUCUACAUUUGGGCCUACAUAUUCCAACUCAAGAGGUUAUUAUAAUGGCAAAGAUUCUAAGCUAGUAGAUACAAGACCUAAUAGAGAGCUGUUCAGGAGACGCAAAGAUGUUAUGGGGCAUCCCCUUACAAUGUCCAAUGUUAUACAGGAUAGCAACACCACUCAGUUUCAUUUACCUCGAGAGGAUAGACUAGAACUUCAAUACGAUUACAUAGCGAAGAUCUCCUGGAUGCACGUAAACAUCGCGUUUCAAAUGCUCAACGCUACGCCACGAUACGUUUUCAGCCACAGAUGGGGCUACAAAAAAAAUGGACAGUGGUCCGGAAUGAUAAACGAUCUUAACACAGGGAGAGCUGAUCUAGGUACAAAUUGCGUUGCCGUAUCUGAACGCUUGAGUGUUGCUGUCUUCACAGACUCCAUCGCAAAGUUCAAAGUAAAGUUCAUCUUCCGGCAACCGCCUCUUGCGUACAUCUCAAAUAUUUUCACUCUUCCUUUCUCCAUCGACGUGUGGAUUGCGAUCAUCUGCUCCAUUAUCAUUUCCAGUAUUACUAUCUGUAUUGCUACUAAGUGGGAGACAUCUCGUUUGGGCACGGAUCGAACUCAACUUGAUGGCAGCAUUGGAGACGCGAUGCUUUUGUCAAUAAGCGCUCUAAGCCAACAAGGCUGUUCCAAAGAACCUAAAAAACUUUCAGGACGUAUUAUGCUAAUAGUAGUGUUUACUGCUCUGAUGGCGCUUUACGCAGCAUAUUCCGCGAACAUUGUUGUACUACUGCAGGCUCCUUCUAAGGCUAUCAAGAAUUUGGAACAGUUGGCUCACUCUAAAAUGACUAUUGCGGCUCUGGAAGUUGACUACAAUCAUUUCGUUCUGAAGGGUCAAAAAGAUCCUGUCAGACGCCUUAUUCACAAAAAAGUGGAACCAUCAAAAGGUAAAGCACAGUUUUAUACACUGAACGACGGUGUUGCGCUUCUACGACAGGGUCACUUUGCGUUUCAUGCUGCCCUAGAGUCGGUCUACCAUCGCAUCGAAAAAACUUUCCUGGAGACGGAGAAAUGCGAUUUAAUGGAGGUGGAUUUUAUGAAUGCGCCAGAUCCCUUUGUGCCAGUUUAUAAGAACUCACCUUAUUUGGAGUUGCUGAGGGUUGCUUUCAAGCGGAUCCACGAAUCCGGCAUCCAAGCAGCACAGCACAGACGCAUACAAGUCCCAAAACCUCGCUGCACCCACAAGAUAUCUGCUUUCAGCAGCGUCGGACUUUUAAACCUUCGACCAGUGCUACUUUUCAUGAUAUACGGAAUCGGAGUGUCUGUUAUGAUACUUUUAGCUGAGAUUAUAACUCACAAAAUAUGUAAUCGCCACGCUACUCAACUCGAUUUUAUACCGAAUGUACGUUCUCUGGAGCGAUCCUCGCAGAUGCUCUCGCUUGUAACGCGUAAGCGGACUCUCAAGUCUUAAGCCAAUAAAAACCCACCGUUUAUUUAAUCAGAGAACAUAGAGAGAAGAGAACCGAGUGCUUAGUGUGGUAUUUUGUACAUACCUAUUCGAUUGCGUGAUAGUUAACUACAAUUUGUAUGGAGAGAUAAGAGCGCCAUCUAGGGGCAAUUUUGAUUCUAUACAAAUCGUAGUUAACUAUUACGCGUUCGAAUAGAUAGAAAAUCUUUGACUAUGACGAGUGCGUCAUCCACACUCUCGCUAAGUAAUCAUCGUCUCGUCGAGAGUGUGAACUACCAUAUAAACGUCAACGCAAAGUUAUAUUUUGAUUUGUUCUAGGUCUCAACACUUUAAUUACUGAAAUUAUUGAUAUUAAUUCAUUUGUAUUCGUUCACUUGUCGUGUACUUAAAAACAA